AUGGCGCCAUCACCAUCAAAACCCAUCGCCCUCGGCAGCAUCGCCGCACGUGGCCGCGCUUUCCGCCAAGUCCUUCUCCGUCUGACACUCGUGUACAUGCGCAACCGCAAGCGAAUUUCCUACGCCGUCUACGUCACCCUGUUCCUGGCCCUCGUCCACCGCAUCCGCAAUACCAUCGCCGACCACAAGGGGGCGCAGGCCCGCGAGGCCGAGAAGCGCGCUGCCAAGGCCAAGACGACCGCGAUAUCCGACGAUGGCGAAGCCGAGGGGAAACAAAAAAAGGUGGCGCUGAACCGGGAGUUCUUCCGCUCGUUGGGACACCUGCUGCGGAUUGUGGUGCCCGGGUGGAAGACGCGGGAGACGCAAUUUCUAGUCAGCCACAGCUUCUUCCUGGUGAUGCGGACGCUGAUCAGCCUGAAAGUGGCGGCCAUGGACGGUGCGAUUGUGAAAGCGCUGAUCAAGGGCAAUGGGCGCGAGUUUUUGAAGCGCAUCAUGUGGUGGAUGAUUAUUGCGGUGCCUGCGACGUUCACCAACUCGAUGUUGGCGUAUCACCAGUCGGAGUUAUCUCUGCGGUAUCGGAUCCGCCUGACUGAGUACAUCCACGAGAAGUACCUGUCCAAGUUGACCUUUUACGGCAUCUCGGCCCUCGACGACAGGAUCAAGAAUGCGGACCAAUUAAUCGCCGUUGAUGUCACCAAGUUCUCAAACCAUCUUGCGGAGCUCUACAGCAACCUAGCCAAGCCGGUGCUUGAUAUGACCAUUUACACAAUUUCACUUUCCCGUGCCGUCGGUGGUGAGGGCGUCGUGUUCAUGGCGCUCCUGGUGCAGCUCUCUGCCAACCUCAUGCGGGCGCUUACACCACCAUUCGGCAAGUAUGUCGCGGACGAAGCGAAGCUGGAGGGCGAGUUCCGCUUCCAGCACACAAGAUUGAUCGACCACAGCGAGGAGAUCGCUCUCUAUGCGGGCCACGAAGCGGAGAAGGACACGUUGGACAAGGGCUACUUCACUCUGAUCAAGCACAUCAACUUUAUUUUGCAGAGGCGCUUUUACCACGGUUUCAUGGAGGACUAUGUCGUCAAGUACAUCUGGGGCGCGCUCGGCUUGGUCCUGUGCAGUAUGCCCGUCUUCGUCAAGCUCCCCGGCCAGGUUAUCUCCAGCAUGGGCGACCGGACAGAAAGCUUCGUCACCAACCGGCGGAUGCUGCUUGGCGCUUCGGACGCCUUUGGUCGCCUCAUGUUCUCGUACAAGGAGGUCAUGGAGCUCGCCGGGUACACAUCCCGUGUCUCGUCCCUCCUCCAGGUCAUGGACGACAUACAAGCCGGCAAGUUCUCCAAAAAGCUCGUCUCGAGCUCCGACACCGAAGCCAACGCGGCCGUGCUCAAGGGCCGCGGUGAGGUGUUCACCAGCAAGGACAUCAAGUUCACCGACGUACCCAUCAUCUCUCCCAACGGUGACGUGCUCGUCCCCGCCCUCUCCUUCUCGCUCUCCCAAGGCGACCACCUCCUCGUCGUCGGCCCCAACGGCUGCGGCAAAUCCUCCCUCUUCCGCAUCCUCGGCGGUCUCUGGCCCGUCUACGGCGGCACCGUACACAAACCACCCUUCCACGAAAUAUUCUACAUCCCACAACGCCCCUACCUCUCCAGCGGCACCCUCCGCCAGCAAAUCAUCUACCCCGACAGCCCCAGCACCAUGCAGGCCAAACACGUCACCGACGACGACCUGCGCGACAUCCUCCGCAUCCUCUCCCUCGAACACCUCCUCGACGUCUACCCCGACGCCUGGAACGCCGAAGCCGAAUGGAAAGACGUCCUCUCCGGCGGCCUACAGCAGCGCAUCGCCAUGGCGCGACUCUUCUACCACCGCCCGCGCUACGCCAUCCUCGACGAGUGCACCAGCAGCGUGACGCUGGACACAGAGAAGGUCAUGUACGAUACCGCGAAGGACUUGGGUAUUACCCUGAUGACGGUCAGUCACCGCCGGAGUCUGUGGAAGUACCAUACGCAUAUCCUGCAGUUUGAUGGACAGGGGCAUUAUGUGUUCAGUAAGCUGGAUGCGGAUAGGAGGAUGAAGCUGGAGGAUGAGAAGGAGGAGUUGGAGUUGCAGUUGAGGGGGGUGCCGGAAAUUGAGAGGCGGAUUCGAGAGUUGACCGGCGCUGAGUAG